AUGCCAGGCAGGCCAACAAUAAAGAGAAGAAGAGAUGCUUCUGAACGGAUGGGAAAACACACUAUCUCCAAGGCAGGGAAGAAAGUUUCUUAUAGUAUAUGUAAGGAGAAAGGACACAACAAAGCAACUUGUAGUAAAGGUGAAGGGACAUCCAAACAAAAUGGAAAAAAGAAACAAAAAACUAUACCUACGCAGGAUUCUGUAAACGUUGCCACAGGGGUUGGGGAUGAUGAGGUAAUGGUAGUUGCUAGUGAUGCUUUGGAGAGGACUGGUAAGGAAGAGCGGAUGGUGGGAGUCAAUGGACGGGAGGAAGGGGUGAAGGUCAAUGCUCGUGUUCAUCAAGUCAAGCAUGUUAAACCGCCUAACAAACGAAAGAAGUCAGAAAGAAUCAUUAAAAUGAAGCUUGCAAAAAAUACGGGAGGUGAAGGUACCAGUCUUGCAACGGCCAUGGAUUUGGAUUAG